CCACAGGCCUGACCCCCCCCGCCCUCCGGUACCUGCCGGCCGCCCCGCCCCGCUGCUGCGUGUCGCUCUCCGCCCGGCCUCGCGCAAACUCGGGAUUUCUGUCCCCCCCCCGGCCCCGCUGAGAUGGUCUCGCCCGGCCCAGGUCCGUCCCCGUCUCCCGGCCGGAUGGAAACCACUUCCGGUCCCGGCAGCGAGCGGCCCAUGGCGGGGAGCGGGAGCCGCUGGCAGCGGAUCGGCACCGGCCGCUUGGGUCUGUGGUGCAGGAGCCUGCUGCAGGAUUACGCUGACGCCUGCCGGGACGUGGCCCUUGGCGUCAAGGAGCAGCCUGGGAAAGCCGGACUCUACCUCUCGCUGCUGGCCGGAGCCACCGUCUGCAGCCUCCAUGUCCCCUGUGACGCCUCGUUCGAGUCCUCCCUCCUGGAAGCCUCGGGCGCCCUCCUCCUGCUCUCCCCCUGGGUCCGGAACGGCCGCUCCGAGGGGCACGUCCAGCGCCUGAUGAAGCUCCGGAACCAGGGGCGGCUGCGCUACCAGAGCCUCGUCUUCUUCUCCCUCGUCUACCAGGCCCCCUUUGAUGCGGAAGCUGCGCUCUACCAGGCUCACUGCAAACACCUGAAGCCGCGCUGGACGGACUUUCCCGCCCGGAUCCUGGACGUGGGGUUCUUGGGCCGCUGGUGGGUUUUAAGUUCGAAAAUGAAGGAUUCCGACAUCAAUGAAGAGGAAUUCAAACAUCUCCCUGAGCAUCUCAGGACCAUCUCCUCCCGGAACCUCCACUCGGCAGCCAACGAAAAACUCUUUGACGAGAAAUACAAACCCGUCAUCCUGACAGAGGAGCAGAUUGAGCGGGCGGAAAAGGAGCAGCAGCCACUUCAGGGAGCCUUAAACCAAUAAUCUGAACAAAGAGACUUCUGGUUUCUGUGGGCUCCCGGGGACGGUCGGUCUGGGAGCUGGCGCUGUGGGGGCGGGGGUGAAAUACGAAAAGAAUCCUAUAAUGAAUGUGCUCAUGGCCCAACUGUGCUGAGCUCAAUAAAUCAGUUCUGUGAGCUUUCCAGUCA